AGGGAGCUUUCUUCUGGUGCUGGUUCCUCGACUAAGGGGCCUCUCCGGGGAAGUAAAACCCGGACGCAGCAACCGGGGAACUGCGCGCAGGAUCUGAGCUGAGAGCAUCCGCCGAGUACGGGCGGCACAAGCUGGUGAGACGAGGACAAGGGUACGAGGCUGAAAAGCAACCCACCUCUACUCGCCAAUAUAGUGUCAGAAUGUCAAGUACCGCCGUGUCCUACUGGAUCUUCAAUUCUGCAAGGAAUCGAAUUGCUAUAUUACAAGGGGGUAGACGCUUAUACUCAAGGGUCGCCUGGAAUAGGCAUCAGCUGAAAUGGAGGCUUUUUCCUCCGGCAUCGUCGACUCUAAAGAACAGUACUCCGUGUGGUGGCUUUGCUCUACAGAGAGCCUACAGACACACAUCGACCGAGGAAGAAGAUUUCCACUUACAGCUUAGCCCCGAACAGGUCAAUGACAUGCUGCGAGCUGGUGAGUCAUCUCACAAAGUUCUUGAUUUCAACAGUGGCGCUCCAAAUUCAGUGCUAAGGUUUGAGAGCAACCAGCUGGCUGCCAAUUCCCCAGUGGAGGACCGGCAAGGUGUAGCUUCCUGCAUGCAAACCAACGGACUGAUGUUUGGUAUUUUUGAUGGACAUGGCGGCCACGCCUGUGCACAAGCGGUAAGUGAGAGGCUCUUCUACUACAUGGCGGUGUCCCUGAUGUCCCACCAGACCUUGGAGCAGAUGGAGGAAGCCAUGGAAAACAUGAAGCCUUUGCUGCCCAUCCUUCAGUGGCUCAAACAUCCUGGGGAUAGUAUUUAUAAGGAUGUCACAUCGGUGCAUCUGGACCACCUCAGAGUCUACUGGCAGGAACUUCUUGACCUGCAUAUGGAAAUGGGGUUGAGCAUUGAAGAAGCGUUGAUGUAUUCCUUCCAGAGACUGGAUUCUGACAUCUCACUAGAAAUUCAGGCUCCUCUGGAAGAUGAGGUGACAAAGAACUUAUCCCUCCAGGUUGCUUUUUCUGGGGCAACAGCUUGCAUGGCCCAUGUCAAUGGAGUUCACCUGCAUGUAGCAAAUGCUGGUGACUGCCGGGCUAUCCUUGGUGUCCAGGAAGACAAUGGUGCGUGGUCCUGUUUGCCUCUUACCUGUGACCACAAUGCUUGGAAUGAGGCUGAGCUGUCCCGCCUUAAGAGAGAGCACCCUGAGUCUGAGGGCAGGACACUCAUCAUAGAUGAUAGGCUGCUGGGUGUCCUCAUACCCUGCAGGGCCUUUGGGGAUGUCCAGUUAAAAUGGAGUAAAGAGUUGCAGCGUAGUGUCCUCGAGAGGGGCUUUGACACCGAAGCCCUCAACAUCUAUCAGUUCACACCACCCCACUACUAUACUCCACCCUAUCUGACUGCCAAGCCCGAGGUUACAUACCACAGGCUGAGGCCCCAAGAUAAGUUCCUUGUGCUGGCCUCAGAUGGUCUGUGGGACAUGCUGGGCAAUGAGGAUGUGGUAAGGCUGGUGGUGGGGCACCUAUCCAAGGUUGGUUGCCAUAAGCCAGACCUGGACCAAAGACCAGCCAACCUGGGACUCAUGCAGAAUCUGCUGCUUCAGAGGAAAGCCAGUGGACUCCAUGCAGCUGACCAAAAUGCAGCUACGCAUCUGAUCAGACAUGCCAUCGGGAGCAAUGAGUAUGGGGAGAUGGAGCCGGAGCGACUGGCCGCCAUGCUGACGUUACCAGAAGAUGUAGCCAGGAUGUACCGGGAUGAUAUCACUGUCAUGGUGGUGUUUUUUAACUCCGAUUCAAUUGAUACAUAUUAUAAGGAGGGUUAAGAGUCUCACCCUGUUGCCAAGGCUAACACGAAUAUCCUUUAAAACAUUUUCACUUACUCCUAAGUGAGCAAUUCAAAUCUUAUUAAGGAAUAGGCAGAUGUAGGUUGUUGACUAACAAAGGGAGGUCAGGAAACCCAGCCUUAGCGACAAAGCAUUAGCAGUGAUUUUUGUCCCUGUGUGCACUGGUCAACUCUUCUAUGCAGCAGACUAAAACUGGCAUAGGCUCCCGUAGCCCAUGUCCUUUAUGAAGACACUGUUAAACUGUGUCAUCCUGUGCUUUUAAAGGAUACAUUUAAUCACCAUUCUAAGAAUAAAGAACUUCAGGAUCUUCUGAGACCCAGUUGCAAAAUUUACAAAUGUGAUCAUUGUGGACUCUUAUGCACAACUUCUAGGCUAUAGUUUUUGUUUUGUUUUUAAAUUAUGGAAGGCUAGGUUUAUGAAACAAUCUUCAGGGCACUUUUCUAUGUCACAUUCUAAGUUUCCUGUGUGUGUGUGUGUGAGAUUUUCUGUAAUGACUGUGAAGAUAUUCUGUGCCAUUUGCAUUUUAACAAUGGUUAAAUUUACUUUAAAACUGAAUCCUCAGACUUGCCAGCAGGGCUGCCAUAAGCACAUUUAGGACCACUCGCCUUGUUUUCUCAGCUGAGGAUGGGAGGGGCUAGGUUUCUGAGCCGGCUGAAUUUAAUUGUGCCGCCUUUGGUCCUUCUGUUGAGUUCCACCCCAAAACCUCUGAGCCGUACUGAGAGGCAAUUUCUGUCUAAUCCCUAAACCCUGGCUUUCUGCUUAGUAAAAUGUUUCCCCCAGGCUUAGCCAUGGGGUUAUUCAUAGUUGCCAUUCUUUCUGAUUAUAUCCCUCAAACACUGACACAAUACUACCUCUGCUGUGCUGCCCAGCCUCACCACGCCAUUACUGGAAAAUCUUUCACCCUCUUGCUUCCAAAGGUUGGGAGAAAGGUGAUAUGGCCAGGUGGUAGUUGUGGACAUUUAAGCAGAGAAGACUUAUUCAGUGAUUUGUGGACUUAAGGUUUCAGCCUAGUUCUAGAGAUGUGAGGAUAAUAAGAGAACAAUCGUGAGCUGAGGGAGGCUUUCUCUCUGUAUCUUGGGAGGGAGCGGGGAGACUUAUCAGAUGGGACAGCUGCCCCUGCCUGUUAGGAAUCGCCAUUGCUAUGCUUCGGGGGUUAGACCAUAUUUAGUGUGAGACGUGGGUGAAAAUUGAGAUGCAUCUGGCCUUAUAGGGGCUGCAGAGUCUUAGUGCUUGCUUGAAAACCAGCCCACGUGGCUCCUUUCAGGAGAUCGACUUCUUCCUCUCUCGGGUGGCUGCGGUAGGAAAUGUGUUCCCUAAAUGGAAACACAUGUAUUUUUUUUUGGCAGGUUUAAUUUCCUGCACCUCAUCAGAGCGCUUCACUGUGGGCAGCUCCUUGGUUGGUCCCUUGUCUCUUACCCUCUGUGACAUCCACACACUAGCAGGGAACUAGGUUUGCCCCCCACUCCCCUUGGUGUUACUGGUAGACAUUCUGUCAAGAGUUGGGGCUGGGCUGGCAGAACAGCUCAGUGGGUAAAGGCUGCCAACCCUGGAAACUUGAGCUCCAUCCCUGGGCCCCACGUGGUGGAAGGAGUUAAAUUGCCCUCUGACCUCCACGUGGUGCACCAUGGCAUGUGUUACCCCUCCCCCCAAAUAAGCAAAAUGGAAAAAGAGGGAGAUUGUUCUUUGCACAUUUCCUAGUGUACCCGGUUAGUGAUACGGUCUCAUGUUUUUUUAAAAAAAGGGACGCUUUUGGGUUCUUUUGUUCUGAAACCAUUACUGUUACACUUCCGAUCUCUUGGAUUUUUUACUCAAAAAUGAAACAUAGGCAGUUCUUCCUGGAGGAGCCCAUACCCACACUUGGCUAUGUUUACUUUCUGUGGGUCUUUGAUGUCUCAGGUGUGAUGACCUUCCGAAGGCCUCUUUCUCUUAACCCUCAUGUGUAAGUCUAUCCUAAAUAAUUAACCAACUGUGCCACCUCAAAAUAAUGUAGGAAAUGACAAACCUGGGUGUGCUGGACCAUGCCUUAAUCCCGGCACUUGAGUGGUGGAGGGAGGAAGAUCAGAAGUGAAUACAUGAGACUCUUAUCAACAACAACAAAAAAUAGUGCGUCCCAGCUAGGCACUAACUUGCUUCAGAAAAACAACAAAACAAAACAAAAACGUAACCCCAAAUGUGAGUCAUUAUUAUUUUAGCUUGAAAGUUUGCUGUUUGAACAGAAGACGAUAUUUGUCUGACUUUUCCCCCCCUUUAUCCUUUGUUUUUUAUGCCAGCUAAGCCCAGGAGUAUCUUGGGAGCCUUAACUGGCAUUCAGUAUCUGAGCCCUAUUUUGGAGGCUGCCAUGGGUCAUAAAUGGCUCUGAUUCAGGUAACUUAUCCUGAAGUUGAUAGAACACAGACCUCCUAUUUGUGUCUCUGAGAGUGUCUGUGUUUUCUCACUGUCUAAUAGAUGUCCCUGUUUUCCAGCUGAAAUAUUAGGAAAGAAGAAAGGCUGGCUUAUUGUCUACCUUUUUCUCUUCCUCUGUGAACUCAGCUUUUCUGUGCCCGCUCCAGUGAGUAUUGCUUUCUGGUUACAUGCCAACAAAUCUGUCUCCCUGGUCAUGGGUCUUGGCAGUGACCCCCUUGAAGCAAAUGAGCUUUUGCUUUGGGACCCAGAAAUUAGAAAGGAGGUUCAUGGUCCUUGUCAGUUCUUCCAAAGCUCUUACGUUCUUUUCAUACAGAGAUUUCAAUUUUUAGACUUUCAAACUUUAAAUAAUGAGAUUGACCAUUUAAUAUUGCAGAUGUAACUUUUGAAGUAAGUAUGUCUUGGUGCUUAAAAUGAAUGACAUUUAUGAUUUGGGGUAAAGAAACUGAUGGAAAUGAUGUAAUUUAGAGAUUUGUUUCAUGUGUAAAUAGUACAGUGCUGUUGAUUUCCAAAGUUAGUAAAACUGUAGAGAAGGUGAUAGUUUUGAAUGUAUACUAGAUCAUGUUAAUAAGAUUCAGUUUUCUGAGAUGUUAUUUAUAACAUUAAAGCUAAUUUAUUAUAAUGUAAACUUUGAGGCAUAAUAUACAGAUGUUUUCCCCAGAAUACAUUCGGCUAAAAGCUAAAAAGCUUUUAGGCACACUGGACAUUGACAACUUUUAAACAUAGGUAAAAUGUAAAUGGCUUGACCUUCAAAUAAAGAAGGGUAUGAUUAUGUAGAUCAACAACAAAAUGUAUUCAAAAGGAAGCUGGUUCUGUCCUUUUAACCAGCUUCUGUUUUUUGUUGGAUAGCUACUGGGAAGUUAUAACCUCCCAGGUUGAAGCAGAAUAUUCUGGAAUGGAGCCAUCCCAGUUUCAUGUCUUUGAAGUGCAUUUGCUGUGUAGAAGCUCCCUUUGGAUUUGAAGGUCAAGGCUGUUGACGUAAACUGUCAUGUGUGUGUAGCCUGGUGGGGGAGGCAUGUUUGGGCUGUUGUAUAACUAUUUCCUGAGCCAUCUGAGGUCCUAUCCCUUCUUCCUUUGGUUCCUGGUGUCUAACUUGCCUCCUGGAAAAAUAUUUCUUACUAUGCAUUUUCUUGGAACAAUCAUUAACCAUGGUCUUUAAUAAUUACUGGCAUUUGUAUUUUGAGCUGUGUACCAGUGUUCCUAUCUGACCCCGAUUUUCUAACUGUUGAGGAUAUUUAAGUAGAACUUUUAAAUAAAAGAAGCAAAAUGAAA